AUGGGAACAGUAUUCCAACAAUACAAUAUAGAGAUUGUGGAGAAGCUGUGCCGGCCACCGCCGCUGAUCCGUCCGUCGGUGUCGAUGGGCGCGGCGCCGCCUGAGGCCGUGGGCGUGAUGCGCCAGUGCUGGAGCGAGGCGGCCGAUCUGCGCCCCGACUUCAACCGUCUCUACGACAUAUUCCGACACAUGCACCGCGGCCGAAAAAUCAAUAUAGUCGACUCAAUGUUCGAGAUGUUGGAAAAAUAUAGCAAUAACUUAGAAGAACUUAUAAAGGAGAGAACGGAGCAAUUGGACAUGGAAAAGAAGAAAACCGAACAACUCCUCAACAGGAUGUUACCAAGGUCAGUUGCAGAGCGGCUAAUGUUGGGCUCACGCGUGGAGCCCGAGGAGUUUGAGGAGGUGUCCAUUUACUUCAGCGACAUCGUGGAGACGAUCGGCGACGCAUACAUGGUGGUGGGCGGGCUGCCCACGCGCGCGCUCGAUCACGCAGAGAGCGUGGCCACCAUGGCACUGCACCUGCUGCACCUGGCCGGUCGCUUCCGCGUGCGCCACUUGCCGGCGCAGCCGCUGCAUCUGUGCAUCGGCCUGCACUCGGGGCCCUGCUGCGCCGGCGUCGUCGGCCUCACCAUGCCGCGCUACUGCCUCUUCGGCGACACUGUCAACACCGCCUCGCGCAUGGAGUCCACCGGUGCGGCGUGGCGCAUCCAGGUGUCGGCGGCGACGGCGGGGCGGCUGGCGGCGGCGGGCGGCUACCAGCUGCGCUCGCGCGGUCUGCGUCACAUCAAGGGCAAGGGCGCCAUGCACACCUACUGGCUGCUGGGCAAGGACGGCUUCGACAGGCCGCUGCCCGUGCCGCCGCCGCUGCAAUCCGAGGAGGUUCUGUUCGAGUCAGACGGUGAGAACGAUAGUGAACGUUCAGGUGCCGAAGCCGCACCACUUCUUGAUCGAACAUCUACUGUUAAUAAAGAUUAA